AUGCACACAGGUGUUGGUUCAACAGGCAUUAGAGAACACACCUACACUGUCCAAUCAACUGUGAACAAGAAAGACCAACGGAGAGGAGAGAAGGGCGAGCUGGACUUUGCUAUUCAUCAAAUUACAGAGGUUGGGGGCUUGUAGAAAAUGUUUGGCUUUGUGAACAAACGUAUCGAGCACUGGCUGGCAGAGCGAAAAUGCCGCAGGAACAGACUGGUGACCAAAGAUGGUCACUGCAACAUUGAAUUCGGAAAUAUCAUGUACAGCACACACUUAUCGUUCCUCGCUGACCUCUGGACCACCUCUGUGGAGAUCCGGUGGCGUUAUGUCCUCCUCGUCUUCACCGCCUCCUUCACCCUCACCUGGUUCAUUUUUGGCCUGCUGUGGUAUUGGAUUGCCCUCAACAAUGGAGACCUGACGUGGCAAAACCCCCCAUCAAACCACAGUCCAUGUAUUAUAGGUGUCUAUGGACUCACCACAGCGUUCCUAUACUCCCUUGAAACCCAGACAACUAUUGGGUAUGGUGUCCGAGCACUCACCGAUCUUUGCCCAGGUGCUGUGGCCGUUGUCAUUAUCCAGGCCGUAUUCGGAGCCAUCAUCAACUGCUGCAUGUGUGGAGUCAUCCUGUCCAAAAUCUCUUUACCCAAAAAAAGGGCUAAGACCAUCUCAUUCAGUGACAUGGCUGUCAUCAGCCCCAAAAACGGUUUUCUUUCCCUGUCAAUCAGAGUGGCCAACCUACGCAAGACACUGAUGAUUGGAAGCCAUAUCUAUGGAAAGCUGCUGAGGACAACAAACAGAGCUGACGGGGAGACAAUCAUCAUGGACCAGGUGAACAUUGAUUUUAUAGUGGACGCCGGGAAGGACAACCUCUUCUUUGUCUGUCCUCUCACGCUUUACCACAUCAUCGACAAGAGCAGCCCCUUCUUCGAGAUGGCGGUAGAUACGCUCCACAAUCAAGAUUUUGAGCUGGUCGUCUUCCUAGACUGCACUGCAGAGACCACUAGCUCUGCCUGCCAGGUCCGGACCUCCUUUAUUCCUCAGGAGAUCAUGUGGGGCUACAACUUCUUGCCCAUCAUCUCCAGAAGCAAGGAGGGAAAGUACCGAGUAGAUUUCUCCAACUUCGCCAAGGUGGAGCCAGUGGCCACUGCACACUGUGCCUCCUGUUUCCACAACAUCAAGGGUCAUCAUCACUACUCCAGAGAUGGACAUGACAACCAGGGCUUUGAGAUGAUUGAAAUUAAUGAGCUUCCGAAUGUAACCAAGAUGUGAGAUCAUAGAUACUUUGCAAUGGACAGUGGAAAUUAAGACUGGUACAAAUUAAGACUGUUAGAGGCUCAUACCUCUUACUGACAAACUCCUCAAGUCUUGAAAGGACAAACAGGUUCUGGCAGCAGGUGGUUUUAUGCUAAUGGUAGACAACACAUUUUGUAGCAUUUAAAUAUGAACUAAAGAAAGCCUUGUUUUUUGUUAUUGUAUUGUGUCUAACACAGAUAAGAAAACUGUCUGUGGGUCAGGACACUUAUUGUGAAGUAUUUGUUUGUAAAACCACACCACGCCACUGUCUGCUUCCAAAAAAAAGGGAUGCCAGGUCAUACAUGAUGGUGAGACAACAAUUCAAAAACAUAAACAAAAGGUUUUCCCAUUACUACCACAUGGAAUAUACACAUGUGAUAUUACUUUAAAUGAAGAUGAGUGGUUCUAAUUUACCUUUGGCUUUGUAUACAUCAGGUUUACUGAGUUUGAGAGGCAGCAAAACGAAUGUAUCGUCUUGUGUGAAACUGUUAGCCACUUGAAUGCACUGUUCGUUCGUUCAAUAGUUCAUGUUACUGUAGGCUGUUGUACACAAAGAGACACUUGAAACCAAUAGAGUAUGCUUAACUAUUCAAACACUGAAGCACUAGCUAGGGUUGGGCUCACAGGCCACGUUUUUCAAAGUGGGUGGCAGCAGCUUAGUCCGUAGGGCCUUGGCUUGAUAACAUGAGGGUAGCAGGUGCGAAGUGUGGACUGGUAGAGAGGAGAGGUGCCACUUCACCUCCUGUGCACUGCCAAGGUGCCCUUGAGCAAGGCACUGAACCCCUAAAUGAUCAAAAUGAAUUUCCCCAAAUAAAGUCCAUUAUGUAUGCUAGCUGUGUUUUUCUUUGUGAGUGAAGACAUUGUAUUUAUGAAAAUCAAUCUUUGUUAAGUCUUAUUGUAUUUGAUCUCAGGGGGAAAAAUACACUGAAAUACAUUUUUGCAUAUCA